UUGUGUCGAGAGCCGAGGAGCACCUGCGCGCCGAGCUUUUUCCUCCAAGUUUCGGCUUCUUUUCGGAGUCUAAAGUUUGUCUUUGACUCGAGGUGCUUUUUACCGAACUUUUUUGUUUUGUUUGUUUUUAUUUUGUUUUUGUUUUGUGGCAAGAGAGCGCAGCCGUCCGGGUUAGCUAUGUAUAACAUGAUGGAGACCGAGAUCAAGUCCCCGCUGCCUCCUCAGCCCAACUCGGGAUCGGCUCCGGGCUCCAAGGGCGGUGGCGGCGGCGGCGGCGUCGGCGACCCGGAGCGCGUCAAGCGGCCCAUGAACGCCUUCAUGGUGUGGUCCCGCGGCCAGCGGCGCAAAAUGGCUCAGGAGAACCCCAAGAUGCACAACUCGGAGAUCAGCAAGCGACUCGGCGCCGACUGGAAGCUGCUGACGGACGCCGAGAAGCGGCCGUUCAUCGACGAGGCCAAGCGGCUGCGGGCCAUGCACAUGAAGGAGCACCCGGACUACAAGUACCGGCCGCGCAGGAAGACCAAGACCCUGCUGAAGAAAGACAAGUACUCGUUACCCGGCGGGCUCCUGGCCCCGGGCGGCCCCGCGGUAGCCAACCCGGUGCAGGUGGGCCAGAGGAUGGACGGCUACGCGGCGCACAUGAACGGCUGGAGCAACAGCGCCUACUCGCUGAUGCAGGAGCAGCUGGCCUACCCGCAGCACCACGGCAUGAGCGGCCCGCAGAUCCAGCAGAUGCACCGCUACGAGAUGGCCUCGCUCCAGUACCCCAUGAUGACCACGGCGCAGAGCUACAUGAACGCGGCCUCCACCUACAGCAUGUCCCCGGGGGCGGCGGCGGCGGCAGCGGCGGCGGCUUACGGCUCGCAGCAGGCCGCCGUGGUGAGCGCCGGCGGGGCCGGAGCCAACCCCAACCCGGCCAUGGUGGGCCUGGGCUCUAUGUGCAAGAGCGAGCCCAGCUCGCCGCCCCCGGCCAUCACGUCGCACUCCCAGCGGGCCUGCUUGGGGGACCUGAGGGACAUGAUCAGCAUGUACCUGCCGCCCGGCGGGGACAGCGCGGAGCACUCGGCCCUGCAGGGCAGCCGGUUACACAGCGUGCACCCCCACUACCAGAGCGCGGGGACGGGUGUCAACGGGACCCUGCCUCUCACCCACAUCUGAGCGAGAGCUCACGCGCCGAAACGCGCGCACAAAAGAAGACUUAACAAUUCAAAAGGAAAAAAAACAACAGCAACAACAAAAAAAAGUUGGAAUGAAAUCUUAAGACUGUGCUGGUCGCAAGCGCAAGUUUUUAUUUAUAGUUACCCCCUCCCUCUUUUCUUAGCCUGUGAUCCCAAUGUUUUGUCAAGUGAAAAAUGUGUUCACAUUUGUUUUUGUUUUGUAAUUUUCUGUGAUGGUUUUUAGUUUGUGUUGUUUUUUUUUUUUUUUU